ACCGUUUGAAAUUCUUGGCAACACUGAAUUAGAGGCGAAAAUUCGCCUCACUGUCAGAUUUCUUUUAUUUUUCCCGCUCAUUUGUGGACAAAAUAUAAGCUCCGGUAUUUGGCGAAGAACGCUACUCGUUUGUUUAUUUCUAAAAAUUAUACAGGUUUCAGUUGAUAAGAUUCGUAAUAAUCAUUCGAAACAAUGUCCGGAACACUCGAUGUAUGUGAAAAGUACUAUGGUACGAGAAAUAUUUACGAACUGUUCAGUGUCGAGAAAAAUGCAUCGGUGCAAGAGAUUAAGAAAGCAUACUAUCGGCUGUCGCUCCAGACACACCCUGACCGUGUACCGGAAAGCGACAAAAAAGAGGCAACCGAGAAAUUUAAAGUAUUAAGCAAAUUGUACAACAUCCUCAGCGACAAGGAUUCGCGCGCUAUAUACGACGAACGGGGCGUCGUCGACGAUGAUGACGAUGCCAGCACCAAUUGGAUGGAUAUGUGGCAACAGUUUUUCAAACCACUGACCACGGAAGAUAUACAAAAUUAUCAGAAAAGUUACACCGGCUCCGAAACGGAGCGUACUGACAUAAAGCGUGCAUAUCUUGGCGGAAAAGGGUGCAUUAACUUCAUGAUGCAGACGGUCCCAUUCAUGACGUGUGAAGAUGAACCACGCAUCGCCGAAAUCGUGCAGGAAAUGAUCGACCAAAAGGAGGUACCGGAAUACGUAAUCUUCACAAAGGAACCGAAAGAGAAGCGCAACCGGCGGCACAAGAAAUAUGCUCGAGAAGCAAAAAUUGCAAAAGAAAUUAAACAGCAGCAACAGAGCACAGCAUCACUGGAGCAGCAGAUUGCGCUUAAGAGAAAGAGUGCGUUUAGCUCGCUGAUUGAUUCGCUGGAAGCUAAAUACGGUAACGGUAAUGAUGAAGCUGACGAUCUGUUCGAGCUUGACGAAGAACCGCCUAAAAAGCGAAAGAUGCAACAGCGAAAACGAGACGCGAGUGCUGGCCAAUCAACUAAGGCAGCUAAGGCAACGAAAAAGAAGCCGGCAACAGGCAGAAAGAAUAAAUCGUCUAAGUAGUAGCGUAUAAGCAUCAUUAUCUGUGUGUUUUCACAAGCAUCGCAAACAUUAAGGAACGUUUUCUCAAUUCCUGGCUUGAAUAUUGCAAGUCAGAAAAUAUUUAAGUGAAUAACUGCAGCAUCCAUUCUGUAUUAGAAUAAGCUGGAAAGAAAUUAGAAUUAGGCAACACAAUGCUAGUUCGUGCACUUGCUAGGAACUAGCAAAAUAAAUAUAUGAAAAGGGACUUAAAAAAGUAGAA